AUGGCAAUUACAAUAAGCAGCCAAGAUAUUAACUUACUAAUUCUGCAUUAUCUCAGAGAGCGAGGUCUAAUUCACGCUGCAUUUGCCUUAGAAAAAGAAGCUAACAUCACAGACUCUCCUAUCCAGCCUGGCAUCCUCGUCACCCACUUACAAAAAUCUCUGACUUUAGAUUAAGAUUAAAUAAAUUCGAGAUGAUCUCUGGGGAUUAUUUCAGCCCCUCUCCGUACCAGGCUGAUUUCAGGUUUCAACUUGGCCCUAAGUCCCAAGUGCCACACCACACUGUUUUCUUGUUGAUGCCACGAAAAAUGAUGACGUCAUAGUCUCUCGGGGAGACUAACCUUUGGUUCUAGCCUUGCGAUAAAGGACUCUCUUCGCCUUGAUAGUGCUCAGGACAAGAGGGAAACACCUAAUUCCUUCUCCUUUAUAGCCUUGCCUUUAUUAGGCGUAUAAUUGCUUCCCAGAACCAUGAGCUAAAUCUGCACUUCAGUUUGCCUCUAGGAUAAGGAAAAAAUCCUGUUAUAGAGUCCUGACCAGGCAAAAAACCUACCACUACUUCUAAAAUAUGGCAUCCACUUUUCUAGGGCUGAGAUCAAUUCACCAGUCACCCUGGACCUAAACCACUCUCCAUCUUUUAAACAGUUUUAACUUUAGAAGAACUUGAAUUUCACGCAAACGAAGAGGUAUUUUCUAAUAAAGGACUUAAAAGCCCAAGGUUUCCCAAAAUGCCACGCAGAAUUCAAGCUAACUCAUUCCCAUAAAUGCAUGUAUCGCGAAGAGACCCCAAAACUCGUCCCAGAGACUUCACUUGGUAUGAUGGUCGACGAUUCAUUCGAGCAUACCUCUCUAUUUGGCCACUCAAAAGAAGUAUUAAUAAUCCACUACCAAAACUCAUAUAUUCUUUCAGGGUAACAAAAAUUCAGCUCUAAAGACCGCACUGCUAAGAUAUGGAGAAUUGGGGAAAACCCUAAUCAAUGGGACCUAGUAGUCACGAUUUCUCUGACUAAUCUAGAGAUUGAGAAUUUUGAAAUAAAAAGUUUAUACUGAAAUAAAGCAGGAGAUAUUCUUUCAGUAGUAAACGAUGGCUUGGCUAGAUUUUGAACAAGCACUGGAACUUUAGUCUCAGAAAUUUCUCAUAACACUCCUAUAAUUUGUGCAUAUUUUGAGUCUACAGGCUCUAACUCCCCCCCCUCCGUGAGCGAACAAAACCAUUAGAAAAAUCGCCAUUUUUUGACCAAAAAACCCACCCUCCGUGAGUGAACAAAAAUUUUUUUAAUAGAAAAAAAUUUUAAUGGAAAAAAAUUUUGAUAUAUAAGUGAUAAUUAGUAUAAUGAAAUCUAGAGCUAAUUCUGUUUAAUUUUAAACAAAUUGCGUUUUAAAAACAUAAAUUUUGCAAAUUAAAUUAAUAUUUGCUUCCCAAUUUUUGCAAAUUAGGAUUUUUUUAAAUUUCGAAAAAAAUAUUUUUUAUAAAAUUUAUAUAUAAAUUUUUUUUAAAAAAAAAAAUUAACCCCCCUCCGUGAGCGAACAAAAUUUUUUUGUUCGCUCACGGAGGGGGGGGGGGGGAGUAAGUUUCUUACUGUGUCACAAGAUGCUUUGAAAAUUUGGAAUAGCCAAGGAAACUCUAUAAACUCAAUUGAGUCAUGCUCAGGGAUUAGGGAUGCAAAAUGGCACAAUACAGAUGAAAUUUGUACAGCAACGAUGACAGGAGUAUUUUUAUGGAAAUUGAGCAGAAUUGAAAGAAUAAAAAUCGAGGAAUCUUUAAAUGUAAAAAAAAUAUUUUGGGAUUAUGAAGGGAAAUUUAUAGCGAUGCUGGAAGAUGAAAGGCUGGGGAUUUGGGAACAAGAAGGGUCAUGAUGGAAUACCAUUAUUUGUAAACAAAUUGAAUGGAAUCCUAAUACCCCAUUAUUAUUAGUUGCUAAAGGAGGAGGUGUCGUUGAAAUCAUUGACCCAGAAAAAAGAGUCAUAAAACACCAAUUUAUUGCAGAAACUUCAGAAAUUAUUAAAAUCGCUCAUAGUAAAGAUGGGCAGAUGUUCGCAACUAUAGGACUAGAUGGAAUUUGCAAUGUAUGGAACUAUGAAACUGCAGAGAAAAUUAAAUCGUUUUCAAUAAAGCAGCAAGCAAUUGAUAUGUAAUUUUUAGGUAGGGUUUGGAGUGACGAUAAUACAAAGCUUGCAAUUUCUUUUACAAAUAUCAUCACAGUCUACAAUAUUUCAGUAUAA